CCGUCGUACCAAGUGUGCGUGGGCGUCCCGUCGCCCGGCCUGCGCCCGUCCCCGCCGCCGCCGCCGCCACCUCCGUCGGCGCUCCCCGAGGACGGCGCCCCGGACCUGGAGUGCUGGGUGUGCUACAGCCACUUCAAUAACGUCUUCCGCUGCCCCAAGAUGCUGGAGUGCCGGCACACGUUCUGCCUGGAGUGCCUGGCCCGCAUCAACGUCAAGUCGGCGCAGCCCGCCGCCAUCCGCUGCCCGCUGUGUCGCCGCGUGACGCCGCUGCCCGCCCUCGGGCUCCCUCGGCUCGCCACCGACGGCGACGUGCUGGCGUCCCUGCCGCCCGCCAUGCGACGCGUCUGCAGCGUUCGCUUCCAGCGCAGCAAGGGCAAGCUGCAGGUCAAGAGGUUAUCGCAAAGUCAGCGGCGGUGCACCGUAAGGUCGCUGGACGUGGGUCUGCCGAGCCCUCCCUCCCGGAACGCCGGCGGAACCGGCGGCGUGGGCGGAGCCUUGUUCCGAUUGACGGGCCGGCCUGUGUGUCGAGCUUUGCUCCUCGCGCUGCUCCUCACCACGACCGUCGCGCUCACCGGCAUCGUCGUCUUCCUGCUUACGUACGACCCCGACGGUUUCUAGCGGCCGGGAUGCUCCGGCGCCGUUUCCGUGGUGACAGACAUGCGGAGUCGCUGGGCUCCGCGGCCACCGGCGUGCUCGGUCAUUGUCUCCGUGGCAACCGGGAUGCUUGCUCACUCGGCGAUGGCGACCAGGGCGUCGAGUGGUUGCCGUGGCAAUCGGCUUGCGGGCGGGCUCCGUGACUGUUUGUUUGUCAGUCUCCACGCUGACUCGGAUGCCG